CCAAUCAACGAGUUCCCCGUGUUUUCGAGGCACGUCAUGUUUGGUUUGUGACGCGCUGGAAUUCUUUGGUCAUUUAUUUCCCCGUCGCAAGAGCAUCCUAUACGUGCGACUCCAAUCAAGGCAUUUCUAGACAUCAAUUGAGCCUUGGGCUCCUCCAGCGUCAGGAUGCCUCUAUUCGCUCGCAAGCGCGCGAGCUCGCAGCCGCCACAGCAGCGUGGUCCCCCUCCAAGUUCCUCGGCCGCGAUAGCAGCGAGCGCCGCCUUUCUUAACAGGGAGCCAUCGGCCGCUUCGCUCUCAUCAGCUGCCGCCGCCGCCGCCCUUCGUUCUCAAACAUCGUCGCCGGAACCCGUGGGAUCAAUCCAGACGAAGCGCAUGGUCAGAAGAGGCUCGCAGUCGUCGGUAGCCAGCAACGCUAUCGCGGGCGGCAAUCCGAGAAACAGCAUGGUGAGGACGACUAGUACCUCAUCCAUGACGGACCGAACCUUCAGAUCUCCUUCUCCCGGCGGCAGGCGACAAGACCCCGUGCCCUCUGCAUACGACGCACCGCCUGUGCCCGCUAUCCCCCAAAACAUGGUCAAGUCACAACGAAGGGCUGCCAGUCUCGACGUAACGAAUCGCAUGCCUUAUUCCGGACCGAGCAGCCCGAGAAGUCCUCGAAGUGCCCAGCGCAACACCAGCGUCGACCGAGCCGGCAGAACGCUCAACUUACCAGCACAUCCUGGAAUGAAAAGAGAAGACAGCUCAGGCACAAACUUCUCGAGACCCAUGAGUCCGAGUCGCGCCGUUUCACCUCCUCCACGACCGAACUCGAGUGUGGGUUGGUUCACCUCCCCCAAGGUCAGCAACGGCGCCCCUCGCGAGACUGCUUCUCCAGCCAGGCCACAAUCUGCCAUGGACUAUUCUUCUCCCGCAGCUAGGAAGAUUCAGCAAGAUGUACAAAACGUCGCGAAUGCACCAGUGAAAAAGAACAAGAAGACUAUCGCUGAGGGCGCUCGUCUGGCAAACGGCACAAUGAACACGGCUCCCACAGGAUCUGCUGUGCGAAAUGCAGCACCAGCGUCCGCUCAGCCAAAAGCUGCUGAAACUCAACCUAUACAGGCAGAGACCACGCCUAAGAAGAAGAAAAGGACGACCGUCGUGCCUCCUGUGAACACGCAAACCUCGGGCGCCUCUUCUCUCGCUCCUGUCAAUCUCUCACCGAGCACAGCUUCUUCCGCCAGUCCAAGCUCUCCUCGUGCCGCUGGCACACUGCACAAACAACCAUCUGUGGUUCGUGAGGAUCCCGAGGCAGAAGCCACAGCAGAAGUCCAGAAACCCACGCCUAAGAAGCACUCUUUCAUGAAGUCACUGCGUGAUCGAGAGCCUGGAAGUACCAUCUCAACAUCUGAAGGUCCGGUCAAGGCUUACGUUGCUCCCGGUGGCACUCGUCCAAGAGCUGUCAGUCUGGACGUUCCGAGAGCCAACGGUCAGCGCGCUGCUUCUUCGAGCCCUUCGCGCAACGUCCAUGCUCAUUUCGUCGAGGGCGCAUCCCUUGCCACUCCGCUGAGUGUUAGGCAUCAUCCUCCUCCUCGAUCCAUCUCACCCAUGAAAUCUGCGCUUAGACAGUCGCCAGCCUCAUCUCUUAGAGCUGCCUCGCCCAGCUUCGCUAUGAACGGCGCGGUCCGCCCUCCUCCGAGCGAAACCUCGGACACCACUUCCAUGGCUUCCCAAGAUGGCGUCAAGCCCAGCAAGAAGAAGAGUGUCCGCAUCAGCGAGGACGGUAGUGCACCUGUCCCACCUGCCGCCGUGGAAUUCAAUGGUCGCAGAGAGCUCUCUGGAUCCUACGACAUUAACGAAAUCAUGAGGCCACGAUCAGCCCUCCCUUCUUUCAGUAGUGUCAGAGGUCGCAAGCUUGAACAAGCAGAGAUUCCCGAAAAGGUUACCGAAACUGUGUCUUCUAGCAUGACAAACAGUGCAGCCACUUUGCCAGACCAUCGCGAGACUUCCAACGAUCAUCUUGUGGGUGCCCUACUUGCUCAAGAUCAUGCUCAGAAAGACCGCCAUAUCGCAGAGCCGACAUCCGUCACGAAUGACCCAUUACCGCCUCAGGUCACCAGCAAGGAAACAUCAGCCGAUGCGUCAGACUCGGCAUACUCGGAGGACGAGGCUGAAAUGCAAGUCCAGCCGCCGUCCCAAGCAGAAAAGAUACUCUCCAGUGACGAAUCGGAGGUAUCCAUAUACGAACCAACAACUUCCGAGCAUAACGUAGAAGCUCCAGAGGCCAACCCGAUUGAGCUUGCUGUGCCUGCACUAGCCGUCCAGCCACCUACUCCAGGUGUUGAAGAAGAGACCGAGCCUCCACUGGAAGCAGCUGUCGCACAAUCCACACAAAGACCUGUGCUUAAGCAGCGCAAUAGUAUGCCUGGAGCCUGGGAAGAAGAAGAGUCUAAGCCUGCAGCAGCUUCGAGACAAGAAAUUCGUGAUGAAGCUUUGUUGUCCGAAAACGACUCGAGCGAUGAUGAAGAAGCCGCCUUGCAGCCUGCGCAGACCACAGUAGAUGGGCACUCGCCUAUCCUGCAUCCCAUCUACGAAUCGGACUCUGGCUCGGAAAUUGGUGGUGAUGACUUCACUGAUGCUGAAGAAGAGCUGGAACAUCAUGGUGGCUUUGCCUCUCUUGACGCCAUUGUUGAGAGCCCGGUAACAAAGCCUGCAGCUGUCAUACCUAGUCCUCCGAUCAGUCCACAGGCUAUGCUUCCACCUUCGCGUUCUAACCUCUCUGACUCUUCUACCCUUUCGGACGAGCAGCUCAUGACAGACAACACUGACUGGAACUCGGCAACUGCCUAUUGGAGUAGUCUGAGCAGGAAGAAGAAGUUGGAGCUCGAAGCUGAAGCUGAGGCCGCUAUUGCUGUGCCGGUAGUCGAUUCCGCGCCGAAGGGCAAGAAAAAGAAGCAAUUAGUCGACCAACUGGAUAUAACAAAUCCCACCACAUUCGCGCCGGUUGCAAAUGUUUCCAGAGAUGAUCCGUUCAGACCCGAACAGCAGCAAGAAUCAUCUGCACCCACUUUGCGCAAGUCCAUGCGUGACACUGAGGAGCCUGUACGCACGUCAAACGAGACUCACCUGCGAAAGUCCAUGCGUGGUCCUCCUGCGUCUGCUUCUCCUUCGAAUGAGACACACAUGCGUACUUCUAUGCGUGCUGGCGGCUCGACGCGUUCCGAGGGUGCUAUGAAAACUUCGAUGCGCGGAGACGCUGGGUCCAAGCCUUCGAAGAGAGCAUCAGCUCCUGCUACAUCCAACAUUCCUGGUGCUGGUUCGGCUGCAUUGGCCGCGGCUAAAUUGCAGCCAGGACAGAAGCCAACCAAGCCCGUCGUCGCACCUCUCCCUGCUUACGAUUCAGAGUCUGAUUCCAGCUUCAAGAAGAAUAAGCGUCGUGGUUCUGUUUCGACCGUGGAUUCGGUUGGCAAGUACACCAUGAAGCGUUCAAUGCGCUCGGGAUCGGUAGAUGCUGGAGCUCAACCUGUCGAACGUGGGCGUGCCACUUCACCACCAGCAAAGAACGGAAGCGCAACAAAGUGAGCAGAUCAGACAAUCGCUACGUGGAGCACAUGCCGACGAUACACCGACUAUGCGCGGGAAGAACAAUAGAGCUUCGCGCGAUGCGAAAGCUUCAUCUGGUUUCGGUGGCUUUGGCAAGUCCAAGCCUGCACCUGCACCUGCACCCAAGGCAAGAUCUGGAGGCUUCAGGUCAAGGUUUGCAGAUAGUGAUGAUGAGGAUGAUGCUCCUCGAGAAGGCUUCCGAAGUCGCUUCACUGACUCGGACGAUGAAGA